GGCAGAAUGACUGACAGUGAGAGAGACUAGUCUGGAAGACAGAACAAAAAAAGAAGUGACGUGGCCCACGUGUGAGAGCCAGCAAACAGAGAGAGAAAGAGUGGGUGAGAGAAAAAAAAGUGUAGUGCGCAAGAUAUGGAACAAGGUCAUGAGCAGAAGGGUGUGGUCGACUAAUGGUUCUUAAUGGUUCCUGACUGACACACAGAGGAAAGAGACCGUGGACGCUGCUCUGGAACGAGCUCUGGAACUACGCGACAGCUCAGGAUGGACACCAAGAUUCAGCUGAGCUGGAUGGCAAUAUGUCUGUUUCUCACACUACCAGGUGCGACUAAACAUGCCUCCUGUCCUGUUGAGCUCAACCCUCCCAGAGUAGUGGUGAGAUAUGGAGACUCCGUCUCAGUCAACUGCACCACAUCCACAGACCCCGAGGGGAUGGGGUGGGAGGUCACGUUCGGAGGUAUAGGUUUGCAAGGAAAUGUCAACUUUGUCACCUGGACUGUGGAAAGCCUCAUGGACUGGACAAUAGAACCUAAAUGCUACAUCAAUCCACAAAAUGGAAGUCAGUGUACUGAGAUUCUCCCUGUCAUUCUCUACAAGACUCCAGACAGCGUGUCUAUCUCUCCUCUGAGCCACUCUGGUCCAAUGAUGGAGGGGAAGGAGUACCAGCUGCAGUGUGACAUCCAGAACAUCGCUCCUCUACAGAACCUGGUUGUGAGGUGGUACAAAGGCAAUGAAACUAUAGAGACUCAAACGUUUAAUGACUCCACAAAGAAACCAGUGAAUAUGUCCUCCACCCUCACCCUCACCCACAGAAGAUAUGAGGAUGAAGUGGAGUACAGAUGUGAGGCAGAGCUGGAUCUGGGACCAGAGGAACCAAAACCUACUGCCUUGUCAUCAAAACCUCUUCAUGUUACUGUUUACUCUCACACAAACAAGUCAACAACACCCACGGCUAAGUCCUUAACCACCGCAGAUGCAAGGUGGGAUGAACCAUUCAAUUAUGACUACUACUUCCUCCGUGUUGUUGGUCUGUCUAUGGCUGCAGCACUCUUCAUCCUGGGUAUUAUGGUCAUUAGCUGUGAUAAAGUAUGCCGGAUGCCUAGGUGUCAUGUGGGCACAGGGAAGUCGUACCAAGUGGCCAGAGAGUAGUGAGGGAACAAACGUGUUACUGAGUGGCCUCAAGACACCAGAAGAGUUCAUCAGAGGGACAUGGAGAAACAACACUGAUGCAACAGACCUUAUCGGCCAUGUGCGUGUGUCUGUGUGUGGGAAAACAUUGUUGGACAAAACUCUGCAUCUCUCAUUUCAGAGAUAAGAACGUGAGAUGUGUUUCAUGUGCCUUUCCCACAGACUGCAAGUGAGACUCACUCAUUAUGAAAUUACCCCUCCCUCACUCUUCUUACCUGUAGUUUUAAAUGCAAGUUUUAUUAUACUUUGGCAAUCAUGUUUCUAUGUAUAUUUUCAAAUGCUUACAAAAUGUUACAGAAUACAUACUGUAGAUGUUAUGUAGCUCAGAGGCGCCCCCAAGAGCACUGGAAGAGGUAUUGAUCCUUUUUUUCUCAUAUCCCAGAGACAGCAAAUUCCAUGCCUAGCUUUUCACAGAUUUUCAUGUAGAUUUUAUCUGUAGAUUUGUCACCAACGUGGAUGACAUUUUCUUUAAUAAAUCACAUACAUGUCCUGUUCAUGGUCUCAUUUCCACAGAUAUUAUGGAGGUCCAUCAUGCCUCUGACAGCCUCAUCUAACCGAACAGUCCCUCUGGUUCCGGGUAGGGAAUUGCCAAUACUACAUGCCAAAGGCACAAUACAGACAUAGGUGUCUGAGAAGCUUCUCUGUUCUACCUUUAAAUGGAAAUUCGACUCAAACUAUAUUUGGGUAUUUUUUUCAUUAAUGCACUGUUAAUACAGAUCCAAAAUGUUUUGCAUGUCAACAGUCAAGUUUUCAAGAUAUUGGACUUUCAAGAAGCAAAGUGUCACUGGCCACAUGAUUGUCCUUAUAACAGAACAGAGAGGUGGAGAGAAAGAAAAAAGGGAAAAAAACUCCAGAAUAAACCAUGGACAAAUGAGUCACGCUGACAAGUGAAGAAUAGAGGCAUUAUUUUCCUGUUAGUCUUUGUUAAAUGUUAUUUCCAUUACCGAAUUCAACUUUGAAAUUAAAAUUAAUUGCGAGUCUGGCUGGAUAAUGACAAGAUGAGUCAUGUUUGAAUUCAGGUUUCCACCUCCUCUAUCGAACAGCCUGCUCAACUCUAGCCAAGCUGUUUCUAUGAAAACGUUUAAAAUCAUUACCUCGGAAACGUCCGAGCCUCAUACAAUAAGCCUCAUGAAUAAAAUGGCCCUGAAAAACAUUCCACUAUCUGUUAAUCUUCAAAAUGUCCCUAAAGUUAUCAGGAUGUAAAAAUAAAACCUGUUCACUUCCCUUUCCUGUAUUGUAUAACUCACAAAGAAAACAGAUGGUCAGUAGUUCCAGCAUGUUCUUUACUCAGAAAACAGACUGACAAAAUGUUUUAGUAGAAAGUUAUUUUAAGCUUCUUAGUGGCUUUUCAUUGUACACUUUACAAUUUAAAUGAGCAAAACUCUGGAUUAUGCCAUAUAGUGUACCAGCUCUGUGUCCAUAUGGCAUAUCGUGAAGCAUUCACGUUGAGACAAAGCAUAGCAGAACACAUUUAAUGUAAAAAUAGUCAUAAUCCAUGAUACAGAAAAGCCAUAUACAGAACAUAAGUAAUGCUAGUCCAAAUUGAAUGAUUGGAGAAUGUGUGGGCUGUGGAAACCUACAGUACAAGUAGAACAGCAAGAUGACACUUUUAGUGCAGGUCUCGUUAUUCUAAAGCACACUCAGAUUCAUAGACAUAGGAAUGGAUGAGAUAUAGAGCAUUGUCGAAACACUUCGCUGCUGUACGCUACAAACAGUUAAUGAUCCUGAGCAAACAGAAUGUACAGGGUUUAUCAGCAUUGAUUAUGAGUACUGAUGAAGACGUGUGCUUAACUAAAAGACUCAAUUAUCAUUUGAAUAUUGAGUUUACAAUAGGACAUUUCAUAACAAUAUAAUAAUACACCAAGCUACUUGUCAAAGAAAGUCAUUUUUUUGAAGACAUUUGCAUAACGUAUUGCUGUGCAGAGGACACAUCAUCCCUGAAAUGCAUCCAGCUCAUCAAACAAAAUCUGCUGGUUGAUACAUUUUCCUAUUUUCAUCAAAAGACAGAAUGCACAAGAGUUUUUUUGGAGGGGGGGUGGUGUAAGGACUUUUGUAUAAUAAGUUAAGGCUCUUGGGGAGCCAUGUCUGACAGUGUCAAGGAUUGGCUGAACUCAAUAGUGCUUUCUCUUGACAAAUAAAAAUCAAGAUUAGAUGAAAAAUGGGCCUAGAGAAACUUUUGCACAGCUGAAAAAGCCCAUGGAGCUCUUUUGAAAAUCCAAUAUUUUUUUCCAAUAUUUGAACAUUUCAUACCCUUUUCAACGUAAGGCCUGGAAGAAAUAAAUGGAGGACAAUCAGUUUUGAUGCAUUCACAAUAGCAAUGCUUUGUGGCUUUGAAGGAGCAUAAUGCCAUGGAGAUGUGCGAGUGUAGCUGAAUGAACAGGGCAUUACACAGGUCAAACCAAUUAUUUUAGGAUUUUUGCACUUUGUUUGGUUCAUGGCUUAUUCAACAUGCUUGCUUGAACGGUUCUUAGAUGUUCUUUGUAUCGUGAACAAGAAAAACUGUUCUAUGCAAACCUCAUCUUAUAGUGAGACUAGUCGCAGACUCGUAACCACAACAUCUGCUUUGCAGGUGAAGGGUAUUUCUCAUGCUAUUUCUGAGUAGGGAAAAAGGCUUUCUUGAAUGUGACUGUGGUCAGUAAACAAAGGGUAAGUGAAAGUUGUUUUGUUCUUUUAAAUGUAUGUCAAAUUAUUCUCCUUUCGAAAUGCUGUCAGAGCUAGACUACAUCUAAGAAAGGCUUACUGGGCUAGUUGUGAUGCUUCAAUCAAACCCCACAAACACCUGCAGAGUGCAGACACACACAUACCACACUGUGUGCAUUUAGAAUCUGUUUCUCACUAUUAGCAGCACCAGCUACUAAUUGAAUUUCAUCAACUUAAACAGAUUGGGACAAUUCUGAUUGAGUGAACCAGAUAACACAAAAUGAGAUGGAGGCGCUAAUUACACAGGUGUUUCUGUACAGCCUGGAGCCAAGCCCAUCCCCAGCUGAUGACGUCACAGCGGUAAGGUUGAGUGGAGAAAGACAGUGCGCAUGCUGUUUAGACAGAUCCAGUUAUUUCAACACUACUUGAUCGUGGGUGUAAUUCACACACACUCACAACAACCCUUGUUCCCUCAUGAUAACGCAACAAAUGAAUAGCCCUGUCAUGCCGAAGCACAUAAUGUCCACCUCCCCCUCUCCUCUGACCCCUGCC